AAGGUUUCUGGAAGUGGAAGCAGUGUUCCCGUUUGGAACCUGUAAGGAAACCAGUCAGGGCUGUGUGAUGUCCCCGCCGAAAUUUGUAUCCUUCUUUACUCGGUUAUUGGUCUGACCCUUGGCUUUAGCGCCACCUCAAGCAGAACUUGACCCUGUCAUAUACAAGUCCUGAAAAGUAUGGAAGCAUCAUUAAAACGUCUCUAUGUCGGAGGAAUUGGGUCCUCUGUCACGGAUUCUGAACUCACAGAUAGAUUUGGGAAAUUCGGGAAAGUGAAUGAUGUGGACAUCAUUUCCAGGAAAGACGAACAGGGAAAUCCUGUGAAGACCUUUGCGUAUCUCAACAUCAACAUUUCAGAGACAGACCUGAAAAAAUGUAUGUCUACCUUAAAUAAAACUAAAUGGAAAGGAGGAGUGCUACAGAUAGAAAUAGCUAAGGAAAGCUUCUUGCACAGACUUGCACAGGAGAGACAAGAGGCUAAGGAUCGAUCAAUCCUAAAAGCAGAACCAAAAGAAGAGUUGGUGCAAUCUCUUCAACAAGCUGGAGUCAAGGACUUUCAGAUGAAAGCUGCUGUACCGGGUACAGAAGUGCCAAAUCAUAAAAAUUGGGUGGUCAGCAAAUUCGGAAGAGUUCUACCUAUACUCCAUCUGAAAGACAGUAAUAAGAAAAAAAUUACAAAAUAUGAUCCUUCAAAAUACUGCCACAAUAUUAAGAAGCUAGAGGACACCUCACUUGAGAUGACGCCUAUUUCCCAACUUACCUGGCACCUGGAAGGUGGUGAUGAUGACAUAAGCAGAAAACGUAGGGGGGAAUUCCCAGCUACUAAAAGCCCAUCAAAUAAAAAACCCAAAAUGCUGAAACCCUUAAACACAAAGGAACCUAAUGAAAAAACUAAAGGCAACAUAGCCAAGAAGAGCAUAUUGUCUGUAACAAAAGAGUCCCCAGGUACACCACGCAAUGCUGAGGUUUCAGGGAUCAAGCAAGAGAUCAAUAUGCAUGUUGUUAGCAAGAAAAAAUGGUGGGAUGAGAGUGAUUCUGAAGAAGAGAUGAGAACAAUAUUAGAGAGAGAGAAGAAUGAAGUGAAAGUAGGUCCUACUCUUGCAACUGACUCCAAUCUAGAGAUCGUUGAUAACACUUUUAAACUGAGAUAUAAUACUCACUGGGGUCACAGAGAGGAAUCCACUUCCAAAGGCAGUCAGCCCGACUGUAGCAGCAAAGGGAAAGACGAUGAUGAAUAUGAUUCGGCAGAUACUGAUGAGAUCAUUUCCGUCGCUAAAACUGUGAAAAACGUAAAAGUGGGUUCAGAGGUCAAAGAGAAUGCUCUCGCCAUUGAAAAACAGUUUCUCCUCGCACAAAAGCAAAAAAGCAACCAUGGAUCAGAAAAUAAAAAAUCACAAAAAGAAAGACCGAAAGAGUCAAAUUCAGUGAACGAGAAUGAUGAUUUGGGGUCAGAGAGUAGUGACUCCUACUCAGAUGAAGAAUAUGAUUCCCUGAUGCAGAACUGCCAGCGGGUGUCUCUCACACUAGAGGAUUUGACACAGUUAGCAAGCGCAGCUAAAGACACUUCUGAAGAUGAGACUAUCGAAGAGGAAGCAGAAAGCAAUGAAGAACGUGAAGAAGUAAAAACACCUGCAGCUGCACAGAGGAAGAAGAAUGGCAUAAAUCCAGAUGAUAUUUUGGCCUCCUUAUUGGAAGAUGAUGAUGGCAGCUCUGAUGAGCAACUCAAGGGAAAACGAAAGAAAGAACCACCAGUCAAACUUCCAGCAUUUAAGAGACUAGGAUCCCUGCUAGUUACAGCUCCUGAGCAGGUGCAUGAAGCUUCACUGAGUUCAAAAUCAAACUUUUCAGAUAGCGGGUCAGAUUCAGGGAACCAGAAUGAUGAUUUGGGGUCAGAGAGUAGUGACUCCUACUCAGAUGAGGAAUAUGAUUCCCUGAUGCAGAACUGCCAUCGGCUGACUCUCACACUAGAGGAUUUGACACAGCUAGCAAGCGCAGCUAAAGAGACUUCUGAAGAUGAGGCUGCAGAAGAGGAGGCAGAAAGCAGUAAAAGUAAUCAACAUGAAGACGUAAAGUCAAGUGCAGCUACACAAAGGAACAAGAAGAGUGGGACAACUCCAGAUGAAAUUGUGGCCUCCCUAUUGGAAGAAGAUGACAGCAGCUCUGAUGAGCAACCCAAGCGAAAACGAAAGAAAGAAACGCCAGUCAAACUUCCAGCAUUUAAGGGGCUAGGAUCCCUGCUAGGUACAGCCCCUAAACAGGAACUUGACGCUUCCCUAAAUUCAAAAUCUGACUUGUUACCAUCCACCAGUUCUACUGUAAAGAACAAAACCUGUGAAACUGAUAGAUGCAACACUAUUAAUACAGAGGUCCCUAAAAAAACUGCCGCAGAGAAAUCUGUUCAGGAUCUUGAACUGUCAAAAUCUCAGAAAAAGGGUAAAGUUGAAGUGAAGCAGAGCAGCAGUAGUGAAAGUAGUAGUGAAAGUAGUAGUGAUGAAAGCUCCACCUCUAGCUCAUCCUCUGCAAUCCCAGCUGCCCACACUAUGACACAGAAAAGCAAAUCAAAUGAGCAGGUAAAAACCAGCGCCCAAAAUUCCGAAGCUCUCAAACUACAGGAUAAUAAGAAGAGACUGGCAGCAAUGGAGGAGAGGCGGAAAGAGAGGGAACAACAGAAGCAAGCAAUAAAGGGAGCCCUAUUGAAACAGGAUUCCCAACCGUCAUCGAAAGGCAAGCAUAUUGUGUUUGAUUCAGAGGCUGACAGUGAAGAGGACGAUAAAGUGACCCUGUCCACUAAUGCUAUGAGCAAACCCACUGUGAAUGAACAAAGUAAAACAACCAAGCUGUUUGAGAGCAGCGACGAUGAGUCUAAAGAAGACGAUAAAGGAAGUGAUGACGCAGAUCGAUUUCAGAUCAAAUCUCAGUACGAAGGACGAUCAGGAGAAAAGCUGAUGCAAUUACAGUCACGUUUCGGAACAGAUGAGCGAUUUAAAAUGGAUUCUCGCUUUUUGGAUAGCAACAGUGAGGAUGAGGAGGAAGAAGAAACCUCACAGAAGACUCAAGCAGACAAGGAAGGCGAUGAACUGUCUGCAGAGAAGAAGAAAAACCUGAAUAUUCUGCAAAGUCUGUUGAACAUCAAUGUAGAGCAACCUCCAGUGAACAAACAGGCAGCAAAGGCCAAGAAGUUCAAAGAUCUGAAUACUUUGCAAUAUGACCCCACAAGGGAAGACCACGCAGCAUUUGAAGCAAAAUCUGAAGAGGAAGAAAAAAAAGAAAGCAAAGCUCAAAGAAAGAAAAAGCGUCUGGAAGCAGAAAAGAUUCCUGAGGUCUCGGCAGAAACCUACCAUGAGGUAGCAAUUGAUUUUAAAGAAGUAUUUGGAGCAUCCAAACCUGACCCAACGACCGGAACCGCAUGGGAUCAAGAGGAGGAGAUUGAAGGAUUGGGUGAAGAGAGCUCUGCCGAAACCCAACAGUUUAGUUUCCUGACCGAGGACAAAGAGGAGCCAAGUGGAUUCACCUUCUCGUUUUUUGACGCUGGAAACGAGAGUGUCUCAAAAGACGAAACGUAUAAGAUUGAAACCAUUAAACCCGCCAAAGUGGCUUGGCAGGAGGACCCCAGAUUUCAGGACAGCAGUUCUGAGGGAGAGGAUGAUGAUGAGCCCAGCACAGGGAAAGAAUCCAAAAUAAGUAUGGAGACCAAGACACCGAAAAGCACCAUGCGGUUUUUCUUUUUCGUGAAAGAUGAUGAGAGGUUAAAGGAGGGUCCAAAAAUGUUUUUCCAAUCUUCAAAGCUGACAGAGCUGGAAGAAGCCUGGGAACAGCGUAGAGACUAUCUAUUGGAGGAAUGCAAGAAAAGACACAAAGAUGCCAAGAGGAAAGUUAAAGCCAAGUAUUAAUGCAAUGUCUGUCAUAUGGCAUUGGAUCCAGAAGGGCACAUAUUCCAUGACAUCGGCUCCACUGCAAAAUGCUUUUUUUUUUCUCAAUCCGUUUCUGCUGUGCGUUUCUGCUAAACAGAUUCACAAGGGAAAUGCUUCCUAUGGAAGUGACAUUUAGUGCCCAAGGUAUCGGAGGCUAAUAAGUCUAUUUAUACACACAGCCAACCUCAACAGGGUGCAGCAUAAUGUCUCUGGCAUCACCAAUUGUGCAGUGUACAAAUACCAAUAACUUUCAUUAUUAAAUAAAAAUGUGACAUUUCUAAGAUGUUACUUCCUUAUCAUAAAUCAUUUAACAAAGUA